AUGUGGGCCCUUGGCUGUGGCCUGGGGGCAUAUAAGGGGGGCCCGGGGCAACAGACCCCUCAUAUCACUCAGAGGUCUCCUCUCUCUCACCCCACUCCUCCUUCCUUCCUCUGCGCCCAUCACUCCAUCCAUUCAAACCCCUUUCUUCAACAAGCCAUGGACGUCUUCUCACCCUCCCAGGUCUACUACGACAGAGCGUGUACUUCCUCUCCCGACAGCCUGGAGUUCGGCCCCGGCAUGGAGCUCACCGGCUCCGAUGAGGACGAGCACGUCAGGGUCCCCGGAGCCUCGCCUCACCAGCCGGGUCACUGCCUCCAGUGGGCCUGCAAGGCCUGCAAGCGCAAGUCCAGCUUCGUGGACCGCAGGCGGGCCGCCACCAUGCGAGAGCGCCGGCGGCUGAAGAAGGUCAACCACGCUUUCGAGGCGCUGCGCCGCUGCACCUCGGCGAACCCCAGCCAGCGCCUGCCCAAGGUGGAGAUCCUGCGCAAUGCCAUCCACUACAUCGAGAGCUUGCAGGAGCUGCUACAGGAGCAGGUGGAAAACUACUACGGUCUGCCUGGAGGGAGCGGCUCGGAGCCCGGGAGUCCGCUGUCCAGCUGCUCUGACGGAAUGGCCGACGGCAACAGUCCAUUGUGGCACCAGUUGAAUGCAAACUACAGCAGCGGCUAUUCGUAUGCAAAGAACGAAUGCGAUAAAGCCGUCGGGGCCUCCAGUCUCCAGUGUCUCUCCAGCAUCGUGGACCGCCUCUCCGCCGUGGAGUCGAGCUGCGGGCCGCCCGCCCUAAGAGACAUGCCCACCUUCUCCCCCGGCAGCACCGACUCGCAGCCCUGCACGCCGGAGAGCCCCGGGUCCAGGCCGGUUUACCACGUCCUGUGA